AUGGCGUCCCAGUUCCAGUACGCCAAACUUCCUGCUUAUCAAUGGCAAACGUUUGAUGCAAAUGCCGUCACAUACUCCCUUCACCCUAUCAUUGCACCCGACGAAAUUGAUCCCAGCAACCCUGAUACUGACGACCAGUUGAAGAAUGAAGAGGCCGCCACCACACCUGACGACGUUGCAGAGCCUCCUCCCCCGCCUUCAGAAGACAAUCCCAAAGAAAUAGAAGGUAAAUUGCACCUUGAAGAAAUAUCUGGUUCCUCCUCUCACUCUUACCUAGAUAUUAUAGUCAUGGACGACGUAGCAGCGCAAGAGGACACUGGCGCUGACGAAGUCGUCGUGAUAGAGGGAGAUGCAGGUAUUCUCGACAAAAGAAUUCCUGAAUUGAAUCGCUCUGACGAAGCCAUUCUAGCAGGAGGGCCUGAUCCUGAACCCUCUUCCGACGAGGUAGGGCCGAAAGAUGAUGAUGCUCCCUCUGAGAAUGCUGGCGAGGGCGAUCCAGAUGCAUCGGAUCCUAUCCGAGAACCCGAGCAAGAGGACCCAAAGGACGAAAAUGUUGAACAACCCGCCGAGGACGAAUCAAAGGAUCCGGGCGAAGACAAGGAUCCCGCAGACUCAUCGGAAACUACCGCCGUCGACUCGAGCGACGGCGAAAAGUCUUCCGAGCCAGAAACAGUGGUUGAAGUGGUAGAGAAGAUGCAGGAAGCUGAUGCUCCUCCUGAACAGAUCACUGAGGUCUUGGAGAAGGCCAUGUCUGACGUCGGAGCUAGUCCUGCUUCUCCGGAGUCAGCGGCCGAUACUGACCGACCACCGGGCGAGAGCGAAGAAAGCGCAGAAACACCCGCAGGAGAUGAGAGAGAAGACGCGUCUGCCUCCGCUGCAGACCCUGCGUCCGAGGAGGGCAAUCCGACGGAGGAUAGCCCAGCCAGUGCUUCAGAAGCACCGCCAGCCAACGACCAGGGCGAGGCUAACAAGGACGCGUCGACAGAUGCAGAGAACGCAGACAAGCAGGAAGAGAUCGUUGAGGGAAACGGAGAAUCGGCCGCCAACGAGGCUGUGGCGGAAGGGGUGCCAGACAGCAACGAAGCUGGCGCUCCCGCCACAGAUGUAGCGGAUGCAGCAGAUGAUGCGCAGCCCGACUCACCGGCUGCGGAAGAAAAAGAGGGCGAACCGGACGAGAACCCAGCGUCCGAGAGUGGAGAGGCCGAUGGGAACGGGGGAAGCAAAGAUGAAGAGGAAAAUACUGCCUCCGAUGACCCCGCUCCUGAAGAGGAGGUGGAGAACAAUGCAGUCGAGGAGGCAUCACCAGAAGACGGCGCCGAGGCACCAGCGGCUGGAGACGACUGCAGCCAAAAUGGAGAAGGUGCUGCUGAAGAGACGCCUGUUCUAGAAGACCCUCCCAAAGACACACCAACGGAAGAACCUCCAGCAGAAGGGCCACCUGCAGAAGGGGAAGCAGCGGAAGAGGCCCCAGCAGAGGAUGGUCCGGCAGUGGAGGCUGAGGCUGAAGCGGAGGAGGCUGCCGCUGAAGACGACGCGGCUGGACAAACGGCAGAAGCAGAAACUCCUGAAGACGCGGCUACUGACGAGGCUGGCGAUUCACCAACAGGGGAAGCUGCAGAGGAGGUAUCUGCGGAAGAACCAGCAUCAGAAGAGCAGGCCGCUGAGGAAGUCGAGCCAGCAGAAGCCAACGCUGAAGAAUCAGGACCGACCCAGGAGCCCCCGGCCGAAGAACCUGUAGCAGACCCUGCUGAGGAACCUGCUGAUGGACCUGCUGAUGAAUCUACUGAGGAACCUGCCGAGGAACCUACCGAGGAACCUACUGAAGAGCCCGCUGAAGAUCCUGCUACACAACCAGAUUCUGAAGAAGCUGUGGACGAAGUAACAGAAGAAGUCGCCGACAAACCAGCGGAGGAACCAGCAGAAGAAGCCGCCGAUAAUCCAGCAGACGACCCAGUAGAAGAGGCUCCCGAAGACGCCCCCGAAGAGGCAGCCAAAGAGAAUGCAGAAGAACCUGCAGGAGAGAUUCCUGACGAGCCACCCGAAGAAGCAGUAGCGGAAGAAGCUACCGAGGAAGCUGCCAAAGAGCCAGCCGCAGAAGAGCCAGCCGCAGAAGAGCCAGCCGCAGAAGAGCCAGCCGCAGAAGAGCCAGCCGCAGAAGAGCCAGCCGCAGAAGAGCCAGCCGCAGAAGAAGCUCCCGUAGAACCGCCUGUCGAAGUAGCUGCUGAGGAACUAGCCACUGAAGAAGCGUCCGAGGAGCCCAAAGCAAUAAUUGAGACAGCAGAAGGAGCAGCUCACGAUGCUACGCCAGCCGACGAUGAAGCGCCAACUGAAGAGCCUCCACCUGCCGAUGAACCAACCAAAUCAACGGAGGAGACGCCUGCAGCGGAGGAGGUUGAACACGCAGAAGCUGAGCCAGCUUCUGAAGAGAAAGAAGCACCAGUGUCCGAGGAACCGGCGGCCCCGCUCGAAGCGGCCGCCAUUGGCGCAGUCGUCGGCGUAGCCGGUGGGCUGGUGGCUUCGGAGGCUUCCAAGGGUGUAAAGGAAAAACGGAGGAAGUACCAUGAGAGACGCGGAAGCAGCUCGAAAGACCAGCUGCAUGGGCACAGAGGGAAACUCGAGAGGAACAGGGGCGAAGCAGGGUUAUUCGACAGCGCAUUUGCGAGGCAGAUCAAAAAACAGUCUAAAGAAAAAGAGCAUGGCCGACACGAGCCAUCGCCUGAAGAGAAGGAGCGUGAAAGAGAAGAGAGAAGGAGAGCCAGGAAGGCCCGACACGAAGGUGAGGCCCAUAUCACAAGAGAUGGCCAUAGCCGCCGCCAGGCAGAGGAAGACAAUGCCAAGGAAGAAAGGAGGCGUAGGCGUCAUGAAGGAAAAGAGAAACGAAGACCGGAGGGUGAAGUCUCGGAACAGGCCACGAAGAGGAAGGGCAAGGAGAAGGAGACGUCCCCAGAUUCACCUCGAGAUGCUGCAAAUGAAAACAGCAGUGAGCCCAGGACCAAGACGAGGCGGCCUAGCAGCGCAGGAACUAACGCCGGUGGUGGUUCUCCGGUGGUUCCGAUUCCUGGAAUCUUGAAGAAGAUGGCAACGGGCCAGAGCGACACCAGACCCCUCCUUAUGAUCAAGGUAAACGGCAACGACGUUCCAAGGGACAGAUCAAGAGAGAGAACGAGAAGUCGUCCACACGAACAUCGCGAACACAGACAUCACAAGUCUCGCGAAGGCGCCUCCAAUCGAGAGCGAGACGGGAAGGGCGAUGUUGCAGAAGAGCGGCCGAAGACAUCGAGGCACUCAAGCUCAAGAAAGGAUCCGCAGUACCACGCCGAUCUUCGAGCAGCUCCAAGGCUCGGAAUCCUGGGCAAAGCAAUAAAUACGCUCGUGGAGCACACGACUGUCAGGGAGAUUUGGCGUGGAGAGCGGGUUGGUGCUUGA